AUGAGCGUUAGAAAGGCACUUGUCGGGAAAGGACCCGGCGAAUACGAAAUCAUCCACGAUGGCCCUAUACCUGAUCUCCAGCCAGACCAGAUGCUAUGCAAAACCCACUCAGUAGCCCUGAACCCGGCGGAUGCGAAGACUAUCGACAACUCCCCGUGCCCGGGUAUCGGCGGCUACGAUUUCUCCGGCACCGUCGUCAAGGUUGGGAGUUCGGCCACGCGGUUCAAAGCUGGUGAUGAUGUCUUCGGAUUCGUUCACGGCCUGAACUCGGACAAUCACGAUUCUGGUGCAUUUGCAGACCACGUAGUUGCAACCGCCGACCUCUGCUGCAGGAUGCCCUCAUCCAUUACAUCCUACCAGGCAUCCACAAUGGCGCUGGCAUUUGGAACCGUGGGCUACGCAAUGUUCAAGCAGCUCGGACUCGCUAUGCCUGGCACCGAAACCGGCGAGAGGCCGGGGUAUGUUCUUGUUGCUGGGGGCAACACGGCGUCUGGCAGGAUGGCGAUCCAGCUCCUAAAGCUAUCCGGAAUCAAACCUGUCGUCACUUGCAGCGUCAACGUCAGCGCCAUCAUGAAGGACCUCGGCGCUGCAGAGACUUUCGAUUAUCGAUCCAGCACGUGCGGUCGAGAAAUCAAGAACUUCACCCGUAACAAACUGGCACAUGCUCUAGACUGCGUCACGUCCGCCGAUACCAUGGCUUCUUGUUUCGAGGCUAUCGGUGCCAAAGGGGGGAAAUACAUCGGACUUGAGGCUCCUCCGACUCUUGUAAAGUACAGUCGACGAGACGUGACCGUCGACUGGGUGCAGGCCCUGUCACUCUUUGGCAAACCUGUGAAGCUAGAUGGCGUGUAUGGAAGACCCGCCUCGCAGUCGGAUCGUCAGUUCGCCGCUCAGCUGUAUAGGGCGGCCGAAAGAUGGACCCAGGAAGGUUUGGUACGAGGCCCUGAAUUCCAACUUCGGGAAGGCGGACUGGAAGGCAUUACUGAGGGGAUUGAUCAAGUUCGCAAGGGCAAGGUUCGAGGCUUUAAGUUGGUGUACCCGAUAGCUUAG